GCUUCAGUCUUAUAUUCCAUCAUUUCCUAUCAAAGAAAACACACCAAUCAUUCAAACCUCGGCAGAAACAAACUCUCCAAAUCCAGAAAAAAAAUGCAACAUCAAAGAGAAAGAGAAGCUCAUGUCUUCAUAUUCCCCUUACCUCUGCAAGGACCAGUGAAUUGUAUGCUCAAAUUAGCAGAGAUUCUCUCAAUCAACCAAAUCAAAGUCACAUUCCUCAACACAGACUACAUCCACCAACGCCUCAUCACCCACACCGAUGCCUCCAUUCGCUUCCGGAACUAUCCGGACUUCUGCUUCCGGACAGUUCCUGAUGGCCUGCCCGAGGACAAUCCCCGGACCGGGGAUCAGAUUGGGAACCUUCUCGAAUCCAUGGACGCUUCCGCUGUCCCGAUAUUCCGGGAGAUGCUGCUGACGGCGGAAACCCCCGUGACUUGCUUGAUUGCUGAUGGGAUCUUCACUUUCGCCACCGAUGUGGCGGCCGAGAUCGGAGCUCCGCUUCUGUAUUUCGACACCGUUAGUCCUUGUGGAUUUAGGACGUAUCUCUUGUUGCCUAAGCUCAUUGAAACAGGGGAGGUUCCUUUCAAAGAUGACAACUUGGAUGAGAUGAUAAAGUAUGCACCCGGCAUGGAAGGAAUCAUCCGCCGGCGCGAUCUUCCGAGCUUCUACCGCACCAACGAUCUCAACGAUCGGAUAAUCCAGCUAGUCUUGCGCGAGGACGAGCACAUCCCGCUCGCGCAAGGCCUCAUCUUCAACACAUUCCACGACCUCGAGGCUCCGAUCCUCGCUCAACUCCGCACCGUCUGCCCCAACAUCUACGCCCUCGGCCCCCUCCACACCCACCUCAAGGGUCGUCUCGCGAGCCGGGAGGCUUGCCCCGCCAACUCCAACAGCAUCUGGGAAGAAGACAGGAGCUGCAUUUCUUGGCUGGACAAACAGCCCUCCAAAUCUGUUGUCUAUGUCAGCAUUGGUAGUCUUGCUGUCAUGACAAAGGACCAAAUGUGUGAGAUAUGGCAUGGGUUGGUGAAUAGUGGGGUUAGGUUCUUGUGGGUCCGGAGGCCAGGCUCGGUCACCGGGUAUUCGGAUGAGACCGGGAUUGACCAGGAGUUGACUAGGGGGACGGAGGAGAGAGGUUGCAUAGUGAGGUGGGCCCCGCAGGAGGAUGUGCUGGCGCAUCCGGCCGUGGGUGGGUUUCUGACGCACAGUGGGUGGAACUCGACUCUGGAGAGCAUGGUCGAGGGGAAGCCUAUGAUUUGUUGGCCAUACUUCGUUGACCAGCAAGUCAACAGUAGGUACGUGGAGGCGGUGUGGAAGGUUGGUUUGGACAUGAAGGAUAGUUGCGAUAGAGUUAUCGUGGAGAAGAUGGUGAGAGAGGUUAUGGAGUCGAGGAAGGAUGAGUUCUUAAAGGUCGCGGAGGAGGUGGCGGAAUCAGCCAGGGCUGCCGUGAGCCCUGGUGGCUCCUCGUUUGCGGAUAUGGAUCGUCUUAUUGAGGAAAUUAAGACGAUGAAGAUAGCAAUAAAAUAGAGGUAGUGGUGUUUGUCGUUCGAGUUUGUUGAUGUUAUAGCUUCAUAAAAUGGUACUUCUACCAUGUAUGUCAAUUGAUUAUUUGAGAAAA